GUAUGCGAUCAUGAAAUCGUGCUGGCAUCAUAAUCCUAGAUGCCGACCGUCGUUCUUCUGUCUGCGUCAGAAGCUGGAUCGAAUCCUAGAAAACACUAACGCCUACUUGACCUUCACCACAGCGGAAGACGCUAUCGAUGCUGUCAACGAAGGAAAUUUCAGUCUCGGCAGUGAUGCGAUACGUUACCCGGGCGUCGGCUGCGAAGUGACGUCACCACCUUGUUACGGCGAGGCCCGCCAGAGUGCGUCCACCUCCUCCGCCGAGAGCACAGUCAUCAUGCUCAGCCACAAGACGGCAGCACUGUCGCAGUCUCUGCCCGCAUCUGAGUCGCAAGGGCGCCGCGGCCAUGCCAAGCUGCUCGCAGACACAGAGCCCUCUGGCGGUCCCCCGUCGGUGCCAACUCGUAGUGAUCUAGAGCUGGUACCGUCCGGUGUUCGCGCGUCGGUGAACGACGUCGACAAGCCGGCGACGACGGCGGACGAACACGCGCAACGUCGGCAGUCGUGUCCCGGCGUCUGCGACAGCGACGACGACGACGACGCCGCAGACGUCGGUUCGCUGUCGUCCGAGACGUCGCUCGCUAAGAGCACGUCGCUGCGCUCGUUCAUCGUCGGCCAGUCGUCGCCGCCGCGGCGCUCGACGCAUCAGACGCACAGCAGCGGCGAGUACAACGACUACCGCACGCUGGCCGGGAAACACACGAAGACCGCAGACCUCAGCGGCUCAUUUCGGCAGUGCGGCCACCACCGGACAAGCGGUGACUGCAAGCACGAUGACCGCACGAGCAGUGACCGGAUGCGCGUCGGCUCGCUCGUGACCGCCGACAAAAAAACGCGCUUCGUCGUCAACGACGAAAAAUGCACGAACAUUGGUUGGCGCGAACCCAUCGCUGAUGACGUCACUCCGAAUCAUCACUGCUACGCGAACAUACGCUAUGCGCGCUCGCUGCCCCAUCUAUCGGCCGAUCACGCGCACGGAGACGUGUUGCGCUCGCACUCUGAUGAGCGUGCCGAGCAGGGCGCCGACUGCACGCCACCUGGCGGCAACAACUGGCUCGACGUCUCGCCGGGUUUUAAUUGGUUGGCGAGAAUCGGUUCGGCGCCGUGGUUGGCUGACAGCAAGCGACUAUGCGGUGGCCUGGUCGCGACAAGUCCGCAUCAUGUGUAAGGUAAAGAGUCGCCGGAUGGCGCCACCUGUCUGAGAUGCGACAAGACUUGCUCUUAGACAUCUUACAGUUGUAUGGAUAUACGUAAAGUGAACCAUCCCUAAAGAACCAGCUCUAAACAGAAACCUGUCUAGGUACUUCUCUAUGUUUCUGGCAUGCGCACUUCUCUUCUCCCUAUUCUCUUUCCCGCUUUCUCUUCUUCUCUCUCGCGCGCUCCCCUUCUACUCCCUCCCUUUUUCUUUCCUUUUCUC